UCACAGUCGCUGUUUUAAUACGGCUAGUGAAACGUAAUUCCUUUAACUUAACAUCGUUCUGGUCCGUUUACAGAAAAGACCGCAAAGUCGCCCCUAAGCGAGCAGGAUGAAUGUGGCCAAAAAGUGCGGCUUUUGCGGAAAAGAAUCGACGUUAAAGUGUGGCGGGUGCGCCGGAAUCUACUAUUGCAAUCCGGACCAUCAGAAAAAGCAUUGGCGUGCAAAACAUAAAAAUGAGUGCGCCAAACCGUACGAGAUCGUCUAUCAUUCGAAGGAAGCAAAGCUGGCAAGGAAUGAAGAAAUUGGCCGUUACUUUAUGGCCACCAAGCCCAUCCCCAAGGACACGGUACUGUUUUCUGAAAACCCGCUUGUAAUUGGACCAAAAUGGAAUCUGGACGAGUACGAGCAACGGUCGGCGAUAGUUCCGUGUGUUGGUUGUUUCGCUGAUUGUCGCCUCGGACAAUUCCGUUGUGAGCAUUGCCAUUGGCCAGCCUGUAAACCGGAUUGCCCCGGAUUGACCAACGCGAACCUACACGGUAUUGAGUGCGGCAUCCUUCGCUUCGGGCGGGCCCCAAAGCCCACCGAUGAUCCGGAAACAUUCUUCGACUACUAUCGCUACGAUGCACUGCUAGUGCUGAAGUGUUUGGCCAUCCAGAUCCGUAGUCCAACACAGUUCGAGCAAAUGAUGAACCUGGAAAGCCACUAUGAAAUGCGUAAGAAUACGCAUUACUAUCAAGAUGCCGAUGACCGCGUGGUGUCCUAUUUGUUGCGCAAUUAUUUGGAACCGCUGCAAAAGCUUGAACAAAAGCAAGGCAAGCAAGUGCUCAAGGUGUGCGACAGGAAGGUGCUGCACAAGAUUGCCGGAAUAUUGGAGGUAAAUGCAAUGGUAAUUCCAUUGGCUAAUGGAAGAGAAAUUUGUGGUCUCUAUCCCAUCGGGUGUAUGCUGGAACACUGCUGUGUUCCCAACUCGUUUUACACGUUUGACUGCUCUAAGGGCAUGAAGCUAACGUUCAAGGCCGGAAGGGAUAUUCAAAAAGGUGAACACUUGUCCACAACCUAUACGCAUUCCUUGUGGGGAACGCAUCUACGCCGGCAGCAUUUGAAAACGAACAAAUACUUUGGUUGCAAGUGUGAACGCUGCUCUGACCCGACGGAAUUCGGAACGUUUCUUAGUGCUCUAAGGUGUAUGGGAUUGGAUGGAGAGCCAUGCGGCGGAUAUCAGCUACCGAUAGAUCCACUGUCCGAAACCAGUGACUGGAAAUGUGAUCGUUGUCCGGUGCAAAUAACACACGAUCAGGUGAACUUUCUCUUGUCGAAGAUUGGCGAGGAAGUAGAUGAGCUUAUGGGACGCAAGGCCUCCGUCAAGGAAUUCGAGGAUCUCAUACACAAACUGCAGAAUUUCUUGCAUCCUAAUCACUUCCAUCUGCUUACGUUGCAACAUUCGCUGAUUCAAAUGUACGGCCACUUAAGCGGAUAUCAACUACAGGGACUUUCCGAUGCGUUGCUGCAAAGGAAGCUGUCCAUGUGUCGCGAUAUGAUGCGUAUUAUCGACGUGCUCGAUCCCGAAUCGUUUCGACUCACGCUCUACGCCGGGUCCAUAUUGCUAGAGCAGCAGUUUGCACUGGUUGAACGGAAUAGACGACAGCAAACUUCCGGUACUGGUAACGUAGAGAACAUGAAGCGUGACUACCAAGAAGCGUAUGAUUGUUUAAUGCGCGCUAGAAAAAUGCUACACAAUGAAAUGGGAACUAAACAAGGAAAGAAGCUGUUGGAAGAGGUAGAGCGCGCACUGGAGCGGAUCAGCGACGAUCCUUUGGCAGCAGUUGAUCCCGUGGAAACAGUCUGAGCUGAUCACAUCGCGGCAGGAUCAUUGCGACGUUUAACACAACUUUUUAAUAAAACAAUUAAUUAAACCUUUUUUCCA